AGCAGAAAAACACAGAAGAAUGCUGAUUCAUGUUGAUGUUCAGUGAGAAAUCUACAAUUUGUAAAAUUAUAACUAGUUUCUAUUGGAAUACUUAGCUAUCAGUGCUGAAGAUUGGUGAGGAGUGAAAUCAAUAUUACUCCCUUUGAUUCCCGGUCCGCAAUCGUGCCCAAUUCAUUAUUCUAUGGUUUGGAAACUUCAUAGAUUGUUGGGCUAAAUUGAGUGCAAAGGGGUAAGAACUAAAACUAAAACAUGCAUUUGAAUUGAUUAAAAACUUAUCCUAAAUGUUUAAAACCUAAUAUUACAUGCAGCUUAACCUAAAUACGAAGGAGGCUUCAAUCAGCAGAGUCGAGGUAGAAGAGAUUGCAGGAGGCACUAAACGUAAGGUGAAAUUGAUUGUAUCAAAACCCCAUAUUAACCCCCUAUCAUUAUAUUAAAGGAAAUUUUAACCAGCCAAAAGUGUGCGUUGGUUCAUUUUUUCGGAAGACGAUCCCUCCAGUUGGCGCGGCCAACAAAUUAAAAUUUCGUUUACCCCGGAACGAUGUCGGAUCCAGGUAUGGAUGCUGCAAAGAAGACCAAAGGUAAGCAGCAGAAGUCUCCUCCUAGUAUAAGGUCAGUAAAUAAAGAACCCCCCAAAGACCCGUCUAAACAGACCCAGAACAAAGCCUCAAAAAGCGACAUCGUCGCCAGUUCGACCUCUAAACCUCUAAAUCCCCCUAAAUCAGACCCUCAAGCCACCAUUUCGGCUGAAAAGAGUUGUGCGUUAUGCGAAAACCCGGUCAAUGAGCGUAUGGUGCAAUGCAAUACAUGUGACGUGUGGCAUCAUUUCUCGUGCGUGGGUGUUUCCGAGGAUAUCAAGGGCUACAAUUGGACCUGCUUGAAAUGCGAUACCGCGAAGGCAGCCAAAGGUGCGAUUCCACGGAAGAUGAUGACGCGAGCUGCAGCUGCAAAAGGUACAAAGAAGGCGAAUCGGAAGGAGGGGCAGAUAGAUGGAGUGAACGAGCAGACGAAAGAGGCCGAUGAGCUAGCCGGUGCAGUCGAAGGGCCAGCUCCAAGCUUGAAAGCGAGCCGGGCCGGUUCCGUAGUUUCAGCAGCAUCACGAAAGUCGGCAAAAGCUCGUUUGGACGUGGAACUGCAGCAGAUCAAAGCUGAGGAGGAGUUGAUGCGAGAAGAAAUGCAACGGAAGCGAGAAUUGGCGAAGAAGAAGUUCGAGGUCCUGAAGGAGAUGGCUGAUCUGGAAGGUAGUGGCGAAUCCACUGUUGAUCAGCCGAAUGUCGUCAAUAAAGUUGAGCACUGGUUGAAGCGUCACAGCGAGAUCCGUGAAAAGGACAAGCAGUCGUACAAGGAAGCCAGAGAUUAUGAUUCUGAAGACUGCGUGGAAACCGAGGCUUCGAGCGAAAUUUCAGCGUCUGGUAGCGAAUCAGAUAGUGACGAAGAGACGUCGACGGACAGCGGAGCGGAUCGAGAUGGUAGAGCAGAUGGAGCGCAAUCCGUCGGAGAGCUCGUAGGGCGAAGGCAUCUCAGGCCUAAAAUGACUUCGACCAGGAAGGUCCCGAAAGGUUGAAGUAGCAACCGAUCUGGAACGGAGCGCCAACAAUCAUUGCGGAGCGACAGGAAGCUUUCGAAGGA